AUGGAUCCGCAGAACCUCACCACUACAGUGACUGAAUUUGUUCUCUUGGGCCUCACUCAGAAUCAUCAGUUGAAAUAUUUUCUCUUCAUAUUCUUCCUCAUAGUGUACAUAGCCACCUGGCUGGGAAACUUCACCAUCAUCAUCACAGUGAUCGCCGACCACCGGCUCCACACCCCCAUGUACUUCCUGCUGGCCAACCUAGCUUUCAUGGAUGUCAGUGAAUCAUCAGUCAAUGCUCCCAACUUGCUGUCUGGUCUCCUCUCCAAGCGUAAAACAGUCUCCUUCAAUGAGUGCAUCCUCCAGAUGUUCUUUUUCCAUUUGAUCGGGGGCGCGAUCGUGUUUUUUCUUGUAGGGAUGGCGAUAGAUCGGUACGUGGCCAUAUAUAAACCACUGAGAUACCUCACUAUCUUGAACCGGGGUGUGUGCGUGGGGCUGGUGGCACUGCCAUGGCUGGGUGGGUUGGCUCACUCUGCUGUUCAGAUUGGAUUGCUCAUCCAGCUACCCUUCUGUGGGCCAAACAUUCUGGACAAUUUCUACUGUGAUGUCCCACAGGUCAUCAAACUGGCCUGUGCUGACACCCAUGUAGUCGAACUGCAGAUGGUCUUCAAUGGUGGAGUACUGCUCAUCAUACUAUUAAUUUCUCUGCUAAUUUCCUACGCCAUUAUCUUAGUCAAGAUCAGGACACAUGUCACGGAAGGCAAGCGCAAGGCUCUGUCCACCUGUGGAGCCCAGAUUAUCGUGGUCUGUUUACUAUUCAUACCCAGCAUCUUCAUCUAUGCUCGGCCCUUCAAGAAGUUCACCCUGGACAAGGUGGCCUCCAUCUUUUUCACUGUAAUCACCCAGAUGCUGAACCCAAUUAUCUACACACUGAGAAACACCGAGAUGAAAAAAGCCAUCAGGAGACUGAUGAACAGAAUCCUGUUCUCAGGGAGGGAACUAAAGGCAUCGUUUGUCUUUGAAUGA